AUGGUCGAAGAGUCACUUGCAGCACUGUCGGUGCUGGGACUGGUCCAGACAACAGGCCUGGUAAUCAGUUUUAUGCUCAUGGGAUAUAUAUCAUACAUGUCAUAUUUUCACCCCCUUUCCAAGUACCCAGGCCCAAAGAUAGCUUCUUUGACGAACGUUUGGAAGGCCUAUUAUGUUUACAAACUUGUUCUCCACGAAAAGCUAGUCGAACUCCACCAGCAGUAUGGCCCCGUCGUCCGAAUUGGCCCUAACCAUCUCCAUUUUUGGGAUGGCGAAGCCAUUACUCCGAUCUACAAGGGCGGCAGGAAGAUGGGAAAGACAGAGUUCUAUGAUGCCUUUACUGCAUUUAACCCCAAUCUCUUUGGGGGUAGGGAUGAAGAUAUCCAUGCCCUUCGUCGACGACAACUAUCCCACGGAUUCUCACAGGCAUCAGUCGAAAACUUCGAACCUCUCAUCAAUGGCCAUAUAGAGAUAUUGCUCGGCAAACUGAACGAAUUCGCAAAGACCGGAGAGGUCUUCGACCUCAAGUCCACCAUCUCGUGCUUUGUUCUUGAUAUCCUAGGUGAGGUCGCCUUCAGUCGACCUUUCAAUGCCCAACUCAGAGGAGAAGCAGAUGAAAUACACGCAAUAAACGACCACAUUCUCCUAUCAUGCGUAAUUGGUGAACUUCCCCUCCAGACACUAUCAAAGUUCCUAGCUCGAUGGUCGCCCGUCCCAUGGAUGCGAAGACUAUUGAAGAGCAGAAAUAAGCUCAAAGUAACGUGCUCGGAGUGUGUUAGAAACAAGAUCAACAAUGCAUCCGACCGUCGGGAUCUACUCGAAAGCCUCGUGACCGCAAAAGACGCUGAAACCGGCGCCAGUCUCACCGAGCAAGAAAUCAAUUCAGAGGCGUUUGCCAUGCUUGUAGCAGGCUCUCACUCGACCUCCGGUACAUUAACGUUACUUUUUUGGCACCUCAUCCAUAACCCAGAGAUAUGGGCUGCCGUCGCCGCCGAGGUAGCCAGUACUCUUCAACCACUACAAGAUGGAGACAUUUCCUAUCCCAUCAGAGGAUUGGAGGCUUCCUUGCCAUACACCAUGGCAUGCGUGAGGGAGAAUUUUCGCCUUAACCCAGUGUUUACCAUGCCCCUGUGGCGAAGUGUCAGUUCACCAGGAGGAGCGAGAAUUGGAGAAUUUGACGUACCUUGCGGUACCAAUGUCUGCAUCUCGAAUUAUGUCCUCCAUCACAAUCCAGAGAUUUGGGGUGAAGAUCAUGCUGUAUUUCGACCGGAUAGAUGGCUAGGAAAAGAAGAGCCUAACCGGAGUCGGUUCCUCAUUCCAUUCAGUAUUGGACAUCGCAUGUGCAUCGGUCGGAAUCUUGCCAUGACCAAUAUAUUGAAGACCCUUACUACUUUGAUCAGUCAGUUUGAGUUUCAUCCGAUCUCUCGGGAUGAGCAUGUCCGAGUCCGCAGCUCGGGAAUUGGAGAGAUGGAGGGAUCCUUUCAAUGUAAAGUUUUAGCAAAACGUUGA